AUGGACGCUUUGUCGUCAUCGUAUGAAGACGAAUUGAAUUGCGAGAAUAGCAAUGAGCAAGAGGAAGACGACGGAGCUAUCUAUGCGAACGGAGAAAGUGGAUCCCUCGUGAAUCCGUUCUGGUCGAUCCGGGACCCCAUGUUCAACCCCAUCGAGCUUGGCUGUUGUGUCCUCAGUCAUUAG